AUGGGCGGAGGCCGGUCCAGGCAUCGCGCGCCCCUUCUCGGCACCGCCGCGGUGCUCGCCUCGGACGACCAGUCACCGCCCCUCGAACCCCCCGGGAGGGAGGCGAUGACGUCGGAAAACCUUCGCGCGUGGAUCGCCGCCAACGACGCACCGAACGUGGAGCUCGUGCGGUGCCCGGCGAACACCCCGGACGUCCAGUCCAGCGCCGACGCGCUGGGAGUCGCCGUCGACCGGAUUGUGAAGAGCAUCGUCCUGUGCUGCGACGGCGCCUUCGCCGUGUGCGUCACCAACGGAACCGCGCGCGUGGACCACAAGAAGAUCGCGCGUCGCCUCGGCGUCGCCAACAAGCGCGUCCGCCUGGCGACGCGCGACGAGACGCUCGUGCACGCCGGAUUCGCCCCGGGAACAGUCCCGCCCUUCGGCCAUCGCGUCGCGCUCCCAACAUUCGUGGCGAUCGACUUGACCACGUCGUUCGACCCGGACGCUUACGUGUACGGCGGCGGCGGGUGCGUCGACGUGGAGGUUCGGUGCACGGUGAGGGACCUGCUCAGGCUCACGAACGGGACGGUCAUGGACGUCAAGAGGGACGACGACGUGCGUGUGAACAAAGGCGCACAGCUGGACGGGAGUACACAGCUGGACGGGACAGCGGGAUCAAACGUCGACGCGACUGGCGACGACGCGCGGGUGCUCCCACUCGAUCCCGCGCUGGACGAACGCGUCGGCCCGGCGCGGCUCCCCAUCGCCAAGCGCGUCGCCGACGUGAUGGGCCGGUCGCCGGAGAUGGAGAGCGAAGUCGACGGCGAGUCCGAUGAGAUUAUGAGCAACGUCGAUGGAGAGCUCCGCGAAGACGUUCGAUCGUUGGCCAUGCCCGCGUGGCCGGCGCCGCGGCCGCGCGAGGACGACCCGACCGCCCCGAGGGCGAUCGAGACGGCGGCGGAGGUUUUGCGGGUUCGAAGGGUCGCGCGUUUCCUGGCGUUCGCGACGCUUCGGCCCCUCGCGCCGCUUCGCGUCCUCGAGUCCGAUGAGACAAAUGGGUUAAACCCAAACUCUGACGCGCCCGCCCAGGCCCGGGCGGGGGAUACGAAGCGUCACGCGCUGUCGCUGCCCGCCGGGACGGAGCUGCAGCUCAUCGCCGGCAGGACGCUGCUGGAGCGCGUACCCGGGGGCGAGGCCGCGGCGGAGUCGACGCUGCGAGGUCUUCGGCCCGGCGCGGUGGUGCGGGUGACCGGUCGGUUGCAGGCGAACCCGCGGCCGCUCACCGUCGACGUCGUGGCGUCGACGGUGGAUUUCGUGGAGGGGAACGAGGCCGUGGGGAUGCUGGCGCGGGCGACGACCGUUACGACCGUUACGACGACCUCGAUCGGCGACCCAACACGCGUGAUGCCCCCCGCGUCCCCCGGCGUGACCCACACCGCGUGGUCCAGGAGCAAACGGUUGGACAAGAAACGCGAGAAGAAGCGAUUGGAGGCGGAGGCAAAGGCGGGUUUAGGUCCGGAUACCGACGACCGUUACGACGACCGUUACGACGACGCGGACGGAAGGCGCGAGCUGUUGCGGGGGCUUCGCGUCGGCGAGCGCGUGGGUAAGAUGCGUAAGUUUCCGCCGUUGGGAUCGGGAAGGGUGACGUGGGUAGACGACGCGUCGGGAAUCGGCACGAUGCGAACCGCCGUGCUGGACCCUUCGACCCGGAGACGCGACGACCGUUACGACGACCGUUACGACGACCGUUACGACGACGACGACGGCGCGGCGCCCGACGCGCCGUGGGUGGUGGGUCUGGACGCGGAGUGGCGUCCGCACAAGCACUCGCCGGUGGCGCUGCUGCAGGUGGCGACGCGACGCGAGGCGUUUCUCGUGGACGUGGCGUCGCUGAUGCGACGCGACGAAGGCGGCGACCGUUACGACCGUUACGACGACCGUUACGACGCGAACGCGGAGGCGUUCGACGCGUUCCUCCGCGACCUGCUCGACGCCCCAGACGUCGUCCGCCUCGGCUUCGGGUUCGAGUACGAUCUCUCGAGGCUUCGAAGGGGCUACGCCGGUCGCCUGUCGUCGCUGGAGCGAAGACGGGAAAACGCAAACGACGAAGACACGGACGAGCGCCGGGUGAACGAAUUCGGCGAGACCGGUCACGCGCUCGGAACGCGCAUCGUCGACGUCAAGGCGCUCGCGCUGUGCGCGUUCCCGGAUAAGCAGAAGCUCACCCGGGUGGGUCUCGCCACCCUCGUCGCGUCCGUGCUGGGCGCUUACGUGGACAAGACGGAGCAGUGCUCGGACUGGGAGCGGAGACCGCUGACGACGGAUCAGGUGGAUUACGCCGCGGCGGAUGCGCACGUGCUCACCGUGCUCUUCGACAGGUGCUUUAACCACGCGCCGGCGGCGGUGGCGGAGGCGCUCGCGGAUCCGGCCGCCCCACUCGCGAGGGCGCCCGGCCGAACGGAAGGAGCGGACGAGCGGACGAGAUCGAGGGCGGGCGGGGGGAAGAGUAGACGCGACGAGGAGAGCCGCCGCCGCGGGGGUCGGGUCCCGGGUUCGAAUCCAACGUUCGUCGCGCCGUUGGGGCCGCCGCCGCGCCCCGACGAGGUUCCCUCGAUGGUCGGGGACGUGUUCGAGGGGCGGAAGCAGGUGGCGGCGGCGUUUGGGGGCGGAGAAGGCGGCGAAAGAAGCGGCCGGGGCGGCGGCGCCGACGAGUGCGGCGACUUUCUCGCGCUCUUUGUCAACGUGGGGCGAACGAACCGGCGGUACGCGAACGAGUUCUGGGUCGAGGAGGUCCCGGGUUCGAAUCCCACGUCGCGCGGGGUCGUGAUGUCGUGGUUCCCGGGCGGCGGCGGCCUGAGGGAGAUCGCGUCCGCGCUCGUGGAAGCCCCGAGUGAGGAGGGCGUCGCCGAGGGAUCCGAAAAGUCAGUCUCGGCCGUGAAAACUCCUCUGCUGUUUCUGCGGCCCGCCAAGGGAGCGUACACGUGCGUCGGGCGGUUGGCGCCGGUGCGAACGCGCGUGAGCGGCGAGGGGGGCGCGCGGGUGGACUUUCACCUGGUGGACGCGCCCGUGCUGAGGGAGAGGGAUCCCGAGGCGUUUUCGAGGCUCGUGGACGUCGGCCCGGAAGGUUUCUCCUAG